AUGGCUGCCUCCACCGCCAAAGACGAAGUCGCCUUCGUCGUCGUCCCUGGCUCCUUUGCCACACCCGCUCUAUACGAGGACAACAUUGUGGCUGGGUUGCGGUCUCGCGGCUACCGUGUCGACCUGAUUGGCCUGCUUUCCGCCAACGACGGUUCGCGGCUGCCGGCGCCGACCAUGGAGGACGAUGCGGCACACAUCCGCGCGGCUGCCCUGGCCAUCCUCGACGACCCGGAGCAGCCCCGUGACGUUGUCUUGAGCGUCCACUCCUACAGCGGCAUUCCCGGCAGCUCGGCUCUCAAGGGGUUGGCCAAGGCCGAGCGGUCGGCCCAGCAAGGGAAGCCUGCUACCGGUGUCGUAGGCAUCGUCUACCUGGGCUCCUUUGUACCUUUUGAGGGCCAGUCCAUCCGCGACAUUAUGGGCGAGGCCAUGCCCGAGGCAUACCGCAUCGGCAGUCCUGGCGGUUAUCUGCCUGGCGUGAGCAAAGAGCUGGCCCCGCUCAUCUUCAACGACUUGCCGCCGGAGCGCGCACUUGAAAUCCUCAACGCCAUGACCCUGCAUAGUUCCGACUCUUACAGUGGCAAGGCGUCCUAUGAGGCCUGGCGCGACAUCCCCAGCCGCCAGCUCAUCCCCGAGCAGGAUCUCAUUGUCCCGGUCCCCGUGCAGUUGCAGAUGUACGACAAGGCCGCUGCGGCAGGCGGCAAGAUCACCAAAGUCGUCGUCCCCGGCGCCGGGCAUGCUCUCAAUGUCAGUAAGACGGAGCUCGUGGUCCAGGAGCUAGUCAAGGCGGCAGAGGCAAGCCGCAGCUGGAUGUAG